AUGGAGCUUCUGGCAUUGCCUCGGGAGAUCAUCUCGCUCAUAGCCCAGAGCCUGCCCUCCGCGGCCGAGAUGGCCGUUCUCCUGCGAGUGAAUCGCUGCUUGAAUAAGAUCCUCAGGGACGACAUUCAUAUCCGUGACAUCAAAGACACAGGAGGUCUCAAUUUGACCUUCUACGCCUUUUGGGGCUACGACCAACAGAUCCGCGAUAUGCUUCGCCUGGGCGCCGAUAUCAACAUCCGGAACACGCGCUGGAGAGAUUACACGCCGCUCGAAGUUGCCAUAAGUCGCGCCGAACUUCCCCCCCGGGCAUUGGUGCUGGCUAUCAAAACCGAAUGCGAGGACCCGACCUGCCGCGAGGACCUCACCUUGAUGAACAUGCUGAUCGACGCGGGCGCCGAUCCCAACGAGCCGUUCGAGGGUCGUCUGCCUGUUUCCGUAGCCCUCAGCUCGAGCUCCCGUGAUCCUGUCAAAGUCGAAUUGCUGAUUGCGCGUGGCGCCGAUGUCACUGCCUUUGGAACCCUAGCGCGUAUUAUGCAACACCUCGAAGCAGACAAGCUUCCGACGGCGGCUCGAAAGAUCCUCUUCUUCGAAGUUCUCCUGGGCGCCGGCUGCGACGUCAAUGCUACUGUGCCGAGUCCAGCUCUCAAUAUAGCAGCUGAGAGCGUCCCGGAACUCGUUCCAUUGUUUCUGGAACAUGGCGCCGAUGUACAUGCCAGGUCUGUUAGAGAAAAUAGGACGGCAUUACAUUACGCAGUGAUGGGAAAUAGUGAUGCUCAUAUAGAUGCUACGCGCCUGUUGAUCGAGCACGGAGCUGAUGUCAAUGCUCGAGACGCAUACGAGUGUACCCCUUUACACUAUGUCAGAGGAGAUCGACCAAAAUACCGCCAGCUAGCAGACAUGCUCUGUGCAGAGGAUGCAGACAAGGACGCCCGCGAUAAGGAUGGCCACACAAUUCUCCACAAGAAUUUCAAGUGCAGCAGCUGGUCUACAUACAAGAAAACUGCCUCGGAGGUCGAAUGCUUAGUAGAUGCAACGAGGUGGAUGGCAGAGCAUGGAAUCGACUUCAAUGUCCGGGAUGAGACUGGCGAGACGGCAAUUUUCAGUCUCAUUCACCCCAGAUUCGCUGGGCAUACCCAUGUUAGCACUAUACUAGAGUUGGGAGCUGACGUGAACUCGCGAAGUCCGCACGGCCGCACGCCCUUGAUGCAAGCGGCCAGGUACGGGUUGAAUCAGGUUGUGAGACUUUUGCUCGAGAACGGGGCCGAUGUUCACCACGCAGAUAAUGAUGGGUUGCAGGCGUUGCAUUGGGUGUCACGGCUCAAGGCAAGAUCCCAGAAUCCAACGGAGAUGCUUGACUGUAUUCAUGCUCUACUUGACUAUGGAGCGGACGUGAACGCGCCAACACUCAACGGGUCUACUCCAUUAAGCCUCGCGUUAACAGCCUUUUGCCCGUCGAGGGACCAGGCUUUGAGGGAUGCUGGUGCCAUUGAGCCUCUUGAAUCCAUACAAUCAAUUAACUCCCAUUGA